CCCAUGACUCAUGUACCAUCGGCCCAUCCCGAUAUUCUGGGUUUGGGUUUGUCCCGACAUGAUGGGCAGGUCGAUAUUCCUCAUCCGUGGCUGCGAUCACGACAAUCGUCAUGCACCUCGGCAGCCGGUUUUAAUCGCGACGACUACCCGGGAUGCAGUGAUGUAUUUUCUCAUACUUUUGGCCCUUCUGGUCUACUAUCAAUCUUUUUAGUAUACCGAAUUAGUCAUGGCAGCCGCUUCAGGCAAAUCACCAGAGCCAACCCAGGUUCUAGCCAUCAAGACAGACACAGACGACAAGACAGACCCAGACAACAGCGCCCAGGAGGAACAGGUACAGGCACAGCACCAUGGCAAAACCAAACCAGUCUUCUUCCGAAGCACGCUCUUCCAGAUCCUCAUUGUAGGACUCUGCGCUUUCUGCGCCCCCGGAAUAUGGAGCGCUAUGAACGGGCUGGGUGUUGGAGGCAGUCAGUCGCCCAAUUUAGUCAAUGCAGCUAAUGCUCUGCUCUACGCUUUCAUGACGGUCACUUGUUUUGCAGGUCCAUGGCUUACCAAUGCCAUUGGCUUCCGGUAUACUCUUAGCCUGGGGUCAAUUGGAUACCCACUCUACGCAGCUGGCCUAUACCUCAACAACCGCACGGGGGCUACUUGGCUGGUCUAUCUCGGCUCCGUAACCUGCGGUAUCAGCGCUGGAUUCUUCUGGAGCGUCGAAGGCGCUAUCGCAACUGGGUAUCCGGAGCAGCACAAGCGUGGCCGCUAUAUUGCAACUUGGUUUACAUUUCGCAAUUUUGGUAAUAUCAUCGGCGGUGCAAUCUCCCUGGGGCUCAACCAUCGUACCAACAAAGUUGGCAAGGUUGGAUACCAGACAUACCAGGGCUUUAUUGCGAUCCAAUGCCUGGGCCUGCUCUUCGGGCUGUUAUUGUCCAACCCAGACAAAGUACAACGCUCCGACGGCACCCGUAUCGAAACCUCAGCCAGUCCCAUCGACUGGCGCACUGAGCUGGAGGCCAUGUGGAAACGCAUCCGGAGCAAACCUAUCCUGCUUCUGACUCCGCUUUUCUGGUAUUUUGGCUGGAUCCAGGCAUAUCCUGGAACCUAUUUGGCAACGUACUUUACUGUUCGGUCGCGUGCGCUAGGAAGCUUCAUGUCUGCUGUUGUUGGUACAUUGGCGACCUGGCUAGGAGGCGCUCUAGUUGACAUUCCCUGGGCGCGAGACAGAAAGGUCCGAGCCUUGAGCACGUGGCUGCUCAUCGCAUUGCUCAAUAGCGCUACCUGGAUCUGGGCAGUGAUUAUUCAGAAUGAGUAUCGACACACCCAUCCAGUUCUAGACUGGGGUAACCAAAGCGCCUUUGGGCGUGGGUUCGGACUGUAUCUCUUCGAACGAAUUAGUCUGGGCAUGGUCGAGAAUUAUAUCUAUUGGUGCAUUGGUAACCUGUCGGAUUCUCCCGGUGAGCAGAUUCGAUACAGCUCGUUGUUGCGCGGCAUUGAGACGGCCGGCGUUGCUGUCGGGUUUGGCGUCCAGGCUGUUCCUACGGCGCUGAUUGCAACGGCCAGUAUCAAUUUCGGCUUGUGGUUUUUCGCUCUGCCAUUUAGUUUCUGGGCCACACUGCAGGUGGUAAAGAAGUUCGAACAGGAGCAGGCGAAGGAAGGACAAAUUGAAAAUGACCAGGAGGCUUCGGCUUGA